AGAGCCUGCGUUAUUUUAGAGACUAACAUUACUUUUUUUUUUUCAACGAACAUAGACAUAUAGAUUCUAGAAGUCCUUCGCUAUCGGAAUCAUCAUUCUCUUUGGGAUACAUAGAGCGAUAUAGAUCACACUGCGCACAUUGACUCGGUGCAUCAAUACCCCCUGCUAGACCAUCUAUCAAGUUUUCGUUUCUGGGCGAUAUCAUAAUCGACAUAUUCCAAAUUCAUAUACAUAUAUCCCGUCCGCACGAGCAAAUCAUGACAUACUUCCGCGCUCCAACUUCUUUCCUUCCGUCGCUCUCUAUACUUUGCACGCAUACCACUGCCUCUGUGAAAGAUGCCUUGCAAGACUUGAAGGAACUUUACUUCCCUGCCCCAGCACCUCCGCAGAGGACGCUGUCAAUAAAUGGUGUACCUGCACUGAAGCAGGAUAUUUCUGACACGGUACACGUGCCUCGCCGAAAGCGGACGGGACGCUUGAAGCAUAGCGAUGGCGUCCCGGACUCCGGUUAUGCCUCCGAAGAAGACGAGGCAGAACUGGAAGGAGAUCUAGAAAGCGAAGCUGAAGACUUGGACGUCGACAUCCUGCGCGCAGACGAGUUUGAGCGAGAUUUUGCUAUCAAAUGGCUCACAGGUCUCAUAAAGCGAUCCGAUGCGUGGAUACACACACUCGAGAGCGCCACAGAACAAGAAGAGGACGUACGUCUGUCCGUUAUAGAGGAGGCAGGCAGGCUUCUUGCACGUUUUGCCGGGGACGAUGAGCAGCAAGAGGAUGCUCUUACGCGAAAAUUUACAUUUCCUUUUGGUGCCGAAGGCAAGGCCAUUACCAUCGAACUGAAUGAUGCUCCACUCUCACCUACGGAUCAUACUUCCGUGGGUUUGCAAAGUUGGGCAAGCGCUAUCAUUUUUACCGAACGUAUUUGUGCGGAUCCCGCUCGAUACAUAAGCAUCCCACAAGGAGCUGCUCCCUUGCGCGUUCUUGAGCUAGGAGCAGGCACGGGACUUCUCAGCAUUGCUACCGCACAAAUUUUCGACCGCAUGGAAGUCGAUGCCAAAAUUGUGGCAACGGACUACCACUCUGCCGUCCUCCAUAACUUGCUGCGGAAUGUGCAGACCAAUAACGUCUCCGUUCAAAUCGAAUCACUGGACUGGUCCAGACCGCCUCCACUCGAGCCGUACGAUAUUAUCCUUGCUGCAGACGUGGUGUAUCACCCCGAGCAUGCGAAGUGGAUCAAAAUUUGCGUGGAGAAAGCGCUGAAGAAGGGAGGGGUGUUUUGGUUGAUUAUCGCAAUGCGUUCGACGGGGAGGCACGAAGGCUUGUGGGAGACUGUGGAUGAUGUAUUUGCAGAUGGGCAAUGUGGCUUUACGAGACAUGAAGGGUGUGGUGGAGAGACGAAGCUAGCGGUGGUGCAAAAGGAGGAUGUAGGGCGUCGUGGGGGAAUUGGUCGCGCAGAUGAGGUUGGGUACAGGUUAUUCGAGAUACGUUGGCUUCCUUGUCGUUACUGCUGUUAAGAAUG